AUGUCGGCAACCAAAUAUCCCGAGAAGGGACCUCCAUCACCGUCUGUCGAUAUAAGGACAGACGAUGAAGUCGUGCAGGAAUCGUCCACAGAGAUGAUUUCCAGGUCACAUUCUCUGCAUAGGAAGCUACGAGGAAAGGAAGUCCAGCUCUUCGCCAUUGGUGGAGCAAUUGGCACAUCGCUCUAUGUGCAGAUGGGCUCUGCUCUACCAAAGGGCGGGCCUGCAGGGCUCUUCGUCGCCUUUCUCAUCUGGGGCGCUAUAAUGUGGGCAGUGAACGAGUGCUUCGCUGAGAUGGUUACCUUCCUUCCUGUCCCAUCGCCCUUCAUCCGUUUCGGCGGCGAGUGGGUAGAUGGUGCUCUCGGCUUCGCCAUGGCAUGGAAUUUCUUUCUCAACAUGGCCUUCCUCGUGCCCUUUGAGAUUGUAGCAAUGAACAUCAUGAUAACCUUCUGGACGGACAAGGUCCCUGUUGAGGCUAUCAUUGUUGCAAUGAUCGUCCUCUAUGCCAUCCUUAACAUAAUCACCGUACGCUACUUUGGCAUCUCCGAGUUCUAUCUGUCAAUCUUCAAAGUUGUAUUAAUGAUCGGGCUUUUCUUCUUCGUUUUCAUCACUAUGCUGGGUGGAAAUCCCCUUCAUGACCGUUAUGGAUUCCGUUAUUGGGACAACCCGGGAGCAUUUGUCGAACACCUCGUGCCGGGAGGAACAGGCAAAUUCCUGGGUGUCCUUUCAUGUGUGUAUCAAGCUAGUUUUUCUAUCUGUGGCCCCGAGUACAUUUCCAUGGUGGCUGCAGAGACCGAGAAUCCUCGCAAGAUCCUGCCUCCUGCAUUCCGAUCAUUCGUAUGGCGGAUCCUCGUCUUUUUUGUCGGGUCUGCCCUAUGCAUGGGAAUCGUUAUUCCGUACAACGAUCCUACCCUUCUCGGCAUUCUAGGAGGCGAUAUCUCAGGAUCAGGCACCGGUGCAGCAUCUCCAUAUGUCAUUGCAAUGCAACGACUUCAAAUCUCCGGAUUACCUCACCUUGUCAACGCUCUUAUUAUGACAUCGAUAUUCAGUGCCGGCAAUGGCUUAUUAUUUGCUGCGACUCGCACCUUGCACGGCAUGUCCCUCCAAGGUCAGGCGCCGCGUUUCUUCUCGUGGUGCACUAACAACGGCGUUCCUCUCUGGGCUCUCCUUGCCUCCCUGUCAUUCUGCCUUUUGGCCUUCCUCCAAGUCAACAGCUCCUCGGCAGUAGUCAUGACCUACCUCGUCGAUCUUGUCACCUGCUGUCAGCUAAUCAACUACGGUUUCACAGCCCUGACGUAUAGACACUUCUUUUCUGCACUGAAGAAGCAGGGAAUUUCCAGAGACACUCUCCCUUACAAAGGACGGUUUCAACCAUACACCUGCUACAUCGCCAUGGGAGGAACAAGCUUCAUGCUCUUAGCCGGAGGGUAUGAUUUGUUUCUUGCAGGGGGUUGGGAUGUUAUGUGGUUCUUCCUGGACUACGGCAUGAUUGCAUUCUUUAUACUGGCUUUCGCUUUCUGGAAGUUGUGUUUCAGAAGCAAGUACAUCCAGCCCGGAACGGCAAAUUUAACUCUUGGUGGAUUGAAGGAAGAUAUUGACAAUUACGAAGCUAUCUUAAUACCACGCGAGCCUGGAAAGAUAGAUAAGGUGCUAAACUUCAUCUUCGAAUAA